GUGCCUUCUCUGCAGAUCACAUAGCCGCUUCGGGUACCCUUCACGUCCAUGCCUGCAAGUUCUGUGCCAGACACAGACCUGGGGUUGAUGCUGGACACCCUGCCAAGUUCUGUCCUUAUAACCGGGACCGCGGCCGACAGGGCAACCACGCAGCCGCAAGGGACACUCUUGCCUGACUAGGCCCAGUCCAGACUUCAGAACUGAUAAACCCGGCAUCGACUUUGAAUGGACAUAGGACUACGCAGAUGCCUUCUACAGCGGGCGUCGCCAGUCAAUCCCCACUAGUGAUGACUGCAAACGUCACACGCAGACCCAGCCCGUUGUUACAACUGACUGCCUCAGCAACAGACUCGUGUUCCUCAGAUCAUGAAACAAAUCCCCCACCCUCUGGGAUGGCGAACCCCCUUCAGCACCCACCCGCUCUGAAGCCUUUACCAGACAAAACGGCGAGCGCGUGCCUCCACCCACAUGCCCUGAAGCCCUCACCAGCGAAGACGGCCGGCAUGUACACCCACUCCCACGCUCCGAAGCCCUCACCCGCGAAGACGGCCGGAAUGUACACCCACUCCCAUGCUCCAGAGCCCUCACCAGCAAAGACGGCGAGCAUGUACACCCACUGCCAUGCUCCAGAGCCCUCACCAGCAAAGACGGCGAGCAUGCAGACCCACUUACGUGUUCCGAAGCCCUUACCAACGAAGACGGUGAACAGUGACCAGCCUUCUACACCUGAGCUUACCGCCACACAGACACGGAGUGCAGCCGAUCUAACCUCGUCGACCAGUUCCCGGUUUCGCCCAGCAGCAGGCUCAGACCAGGACGGACCCAGCUUCCUGCAUCAGGUCGUCCACGCCUCAGGCGGAACCACAACACUGCUAGAACCUAUAGCGACGCCGUAGAUAGAUAUGUCAACAAGGAGGUUGACCUGGGAGCUACACAGGGACCUUAUCCACUACCACCGUUCGAGAACCACUUCGUCACAUCCCCACUCCAGACGGUUCCGAAGGGCAGCGACGGAGAACGACGGGUAGUGGUCGACUUAAGUUUCCCGCACGGGUCUUCGGUCAACGAUGGUAUUUCAUCUACGCAGUACCUGGGAGAUCCCUUACACCUCACGCUCCCCAGUCACGACGCGUUUGAAUCGUUGAUUAAACAGAAAGGUCCCGGUUGCUUGUUGUUUAAGA